UAAUCUAUCCCUUGCACAUGCGCAGACUGAUAGUGUUCGAUCAAACGUCUUGUAGAAGGCAGGGGAGCAAUGUGGGUUUUAAGUUUGGGUUAAUUCCUUCAGUUUUACAUUUCUAACUAUUCGUUUAGGUGUGACAAACUAAACUUUAUAUGUAUUCUUCGUGUCAGGAUGAACUCAAGUCAGACUUGAAGCGUCUUAGGCGAACUUAACCUGCUACUUAGCUUAGCUUGUUAGCUGCAAACAAAAUACACCCGGAAGUUAUCAACACAUCGCUAAAGUAAAAAUGUUGAGCGUGUUGGUGAAUUAGCGACUAACUGCGGCUGUGGAAAAUGUAUUUGUGGUGUUAUAAAGAAAGAUAGCAGAGUACGAGGGGGGACUUUCUUCAACAAAAGAAGAGAACGAGCGACAACGUCAACUACUGGACGCUGUUUUCAAGAAGCAUCAAGUUGUGUUGCACAGAACAGAUAUCUGUGAAGAAAAUUUUCUCCCUGAGCAGCAGAAGUGGACCUCCAAGAUGGAGCAGGAAAAACCACAGCGCCCCAAUAUUACUCAGGAAGAGGAGGAACCACAGCCCACCCACAUUAAAGAGGAAGAUGAGGAGCUACAGUGCCCCUUCUUGAAAGAGGAAGAAGAGGAACACAGCAUCAGUCAUAAUGGAGAUCAUUUUGAAGGACUGAAGGAGGUUGAUGACCCCAAGAUGCCAAUGAAUGUUGUCAUUGUGAAGAAUGAAGAUGAUGAGGUCAAAAGUGAAAGUGAGAAGAAGAGGGAGGUGGAGCCUCCAAGCAGCAGCUCAACUCAACACAUGACAACAGAAGCUGAUGGAGACCACUGUGGAGGAUCACAAGCAGACAAGCUCUUAGCUCCACUAUCAGAUAGUGAUGACAUGACGUCACACUCUCCUGACACUGAUGAUGAUACAACAUGUCACACUGACAACACACACUUUGAAUGUUCUCACUGUGGCAAAACUUUUAGUUACCGUCGCAAUAUGAAAACACACAUGAAAACGCACACUGGUGAAAAACCCUUUUCUUGUUCAAGCUGUGGUAAAGGUUUUGGACGAAAUUGGGUUUUGAAAAAACACAUGAGAACACACACUGGUGAGAAACCUUUUAUCUGUUCAAUCUGUGCCAAGGGUUUCACACAAAAUAGUGAUUUGAAAGUACACAUGAGAACACACACAGGGGAAAAACCUUUUGUCUGUUCAAUCUGUAGUAAAGGUUUUACAGAACAUACACAGUUGAAAAGACACUUGACAACACACACUGGUGAAAAGCCUUUUAUCUGUUCAAUCUGCGGUAAAGGUUUCACCCAAAAUAAUGAUAUGAAAGCACACAUGAGAACACACACUGGCGAAAAACCUUUUAUCUGCUCAAUCUGUAGUAAAGGUUAUACAAAAAGUACACCGUUGAACAGACACAUGAGAACACACACUGGCGAAAAACCUUUUGUCUGUUCAAUCUGUGGUAAAGGUUUUCCAGGAAAUUGGGUUUUGAAAAUACACAUGAGAACACAUACUGGAGAAAAACAUUUUAUCUGUUCAAUCUGUAGUAAAGGUUUCACACAAAAUUGUGAUUUGAAAGUACACAUGACUAUACACACGGGUAAAAAACCCUUUUCAUGUUCAAUCUGUGCUAAAGGUUUCUUACGAAAAGAUCGGUUAAAACUACACAUGAAAAUACACACCAAUGAAUAGGGAUUGGAAGUGAAAACCUGUUCCUGUUCAGAACCGGUUCCCAGUGUAUCAAUCCCGUGGAAUCGUUUGCCAUCGAGGAUGACAGAUCUCAGGAUGGCAUUGCCUGGUUGGAACGAACACUAACGUUUUACGAGAAAAGAUUGUAACAUUGGUUCUUGAAAUAAUUGUAAGGCCGCAAUUUCAUCAAGACUAGGACAUCCGAGCAAUACGUUGAAACAUUUGAACACACGGAAUACAAUAAUUUUGAAGGAAAGCUGCAUUUUUGAACCACUACUACCUAAUCCCAGGCAGCAGUAACGCUAGCAGGUUAUCAGAUAUAAACUAAAAACCUCCUUUCAUGCCAGGGCUAUUAUUUGUUAAAUUGAAAUGAAUUCCUUCUCAUUUCGAUGAGCAUGACAAGAGACAAAUUCUGACUGGCUCCGAGGCAGACAGUACUCUCCCCAGUUCAUGUCUGCCACUAGAUGAAUGUCAAUGAGCAGCGACUAAAUUUGUGGUCUAUAUUUGCUGGUGUCGACGCGCUUAAUUUGUAAUUGUAGUCGAAGAAGAGUUGCGUGUAUCCUCCCACCAUCGUUACAUUAAACAGGUGAAACACGAAAAACUACAAUAUGGUGUAAAAUUUCAUUCAUGUCAGCAAUUAAAUUAAAAUGUGAAACUAAUCUGCACUAUUAACUCAUUACAUGCAAAGUGAUGUACGUCAAGCCUUUAUUAUCAUUUUGGUGAUCUUGGCUUACACAUUUUGAAACAUUACAUUUCCUGAGAUUUUCAAUUCAAGGUUUUCAUUAACUGUAAGCCGUAAUCAUCAAAACUAUACCCAAUUAAGGCUCGACAUAUCUCACUUUGCAUGUGAUAAGUUAAUAUCACAUGUUACUAAAUGUUACAUUCUUGUGUCAUUUCCACAUUAUUAAUUUUGUUAUAGAAGAAUAGAAAUGACAUAUAUUUUUUAAGUACCUUCUAUGCAAUGUAUGUGACAUCACUGGAGGCUUUGUAAGGUCAUGUUACCUCCUAAAAUAAACUGUUAUGAUCCGCUGCCCGGAUCAUAUUUUGAUUUAG